AAUUUAUAGACAUCAACGCUUCAGACACAUUACUGUCAGGACAUCUGCCACAACCCAGUUUUUGCUGUGAUGUCUGGCUUGGCUGUGCUGUGUUUCCUGCUGCUGCAGACUGGAGCUCAUAGUUUUGGUAUAUUUAAUGGAAAGUCUCUGAGCCACCAAGCCAUCACAGAGACAGCCGCCCUAAAUGUCACAGUGCAGGUGUGCCGCAGCCUGGCUGUGUCUGAGGGCAGGGAUUUCACUUUUCCUCCUCAGCCUUUUACUGCUUCAUCUGUUGCUGCUGCCUGCGGAGCAUCAAAAUCCUUAAGAAGCUUCAUCGAAACCAUUCAGCGGCUUCAGAGGAAGAACUGGCAGACGGACAUUAAAUACGUCCUGAGCGCUCGUCGUCACUGCGACAACGAGGAGCUGGACGAAGGGAAGAAGAUAGUCACAGAUGGUUUAUCGGUCGUCAAGGCCUCCAACAAGCAGCAGAACUUUGUUUCAGCAACGUCGAGUCUCGGAAGGAUUCUCCACACUUUACAGGAUUUCUACAGUCACAGUAACUGGGUGGAAAUAGGCCAUAAAUUCCCAAACACCAAUUUGAUCAAAGCAAACGCCCGUGUUGGAAACAUAGCAGCUAAAACCAGAGCAACCUGUCUCAGCUGUAAUGGAAAUGACUGCAGAAACAACAUUCGGAGCGACAUUCUGAAAAACAACAUACUUACUUCAGGAUAUUUCAGUCUGAAUCCUUUUGCCAAGCCCUCAGGAAAAUGCAGCCAUGGCGGUGUACCUGAUAGUACAAGUUUAAUGGAACCAAAAGGUGGAAUCAACAAAGAUACGCUGGACUCCAGCCAUGGACACCUUCACUCUCAAGCAGCCAAUAUGGCGAUAGCAGCAACCAGUGAGCUGCUGGAGGACGUUCGCAGUGCAGCCGGGGACAAAGCAUUCUUUGAGAUGAUGGGGCUGUCCAAAGGGAAACCGUUGUGUUUUGUGGUCGACACAACAGGGAGCAUGGGGGAUGACAUCGCUGCAGUGAGGGAGGUCACAGCCUCAAUAAUAGACAGCAAGCUGGGAACACCGGAUGAGCCGUCGGUUUAUGUUCUGGUUCCUUUCAAUGAUCCAGAUUUUGGGCCACUGAUACGGACAACCGACCCAGAGAUUUUUAAGGCUUACAUCAACUCACUGAAAGCAGCUGGAGGUGGAGAUAUUCCAGAACUGAGUCUUUCUGGACUUCAGCUAGCUCUGACUGGCGCGCCUCCUAAUUCUGAGAUCUUUAUUUUUACCGACGCUCCGGCCAAAGACAAACACCUGAGAAACCCAGUGAUUGCACUCAUCGAGCAGACCAAAUCUGUGGUGACUGAUUUAACUCCACCAGUGUGUAAACAACUUAGCCCGCAGAACAGAUGCUCUAAAAACUGCGACAAGUUCAUGUGGGAGGUCUCCGUCCAGGUGAGCGAUGGUGUUAACGGGACGGGUGUGGACAGCGUCAGUCUCAGAGAAGGCAGCGGCUCGUUGAACAUCACCACAGCAGCUGAUAACACAACGCUGGUGACUUAUGUGGCUUCCUGCUGCUCGUCUAAAAUGCAGCUGGUGGCUGUGGAUCAACUGCUGACGGUAGCUGGAGUUUGGGAAAUAAGAAUAGUGUCAARAAAUUCCUACAGUCUGAAAGUUGUAGGAGAGAGCUCCAUUGACUUCCUGUUUGACUUCAUUKUGGAUUCUGACGGUCCGUUUGGAGGAUUUGAUGUAAUUGACAAUCGACCCACAGCUGGACAAAAUGCCAGUCUGCUGGUGACGCUGUUUGGAAGCGACUCUGCCAUGGUGACAGAGGUCAUGCUGGUUGAAUCGUCGGGUUCUGGUCAGGUUAACGGCACCGUGGAGGCCCAGGGGGGAGGAGAAUAUAUCGUCCGCUUCAACAGGAUCCCAUCGGUUGAGUUUGUUGUGCUUSUGAAGGGCCAGAACAACAAUGAUGGCGUCUCCAGAGCUUCUUCAGGGAUCUUCCAGAGACAGUCGACCACCAGCCUGAGAGCCUCUGGUCUCACGGUCACUGUUGAUGAGUUAGACAUCGUGGUGGAGCCAGGAACACUAAAAUCAGUUCAUUUCUCUGUGAUGACAACCGGCGAAGGAGGACGCUUCACCAUUCAAGCCACCAAUGAUCAAGACCUCCCGCUGUUUUACCCAACCAAUUUACUGCUGAGUGCUGGAGGCAGYGCCAACGGGACAGUGAACRUCACAGCUCCUGCCGACACGCCGUCCGGUACCGUCGUUACGCUGACCGUUGMGGCCGUGGCUCCUGGAGGUGCAGACACCAACUACGCUGUCCUGCAUCUCACCGUCCUGCCAAAAGUAACACGUCAUUUUGUUCUUCAUACAUUUUAAGACAUCRUUGUAUKAUGAAGAAUUAGGGCCAUGCUAACAAAAAACCAAUAGAAAUUACGAGAAUAAAGUCAUAAAAUUAUGAGAAUAAAAACGUACAAGAAAAACGUCAUAAUGUUUUGAGAA